AUGGAAGUCGGAGACAAGUUUGACACUUUCAUCUCAAACUUUCAUUACCUGGCCAUAGAAGCCGGGAUUGGUGAAGAGGAUUGGAAAGAGGAUCUUUAUGACCGACUUCUUCCGGAGCUUCAGGAAUGCACUAUCUACUGUUUCAGCAACAGGGAGGCCACUUUCGAUGACUGUGUGAAAGCGUGUGCUAGCACUGCAGAGCUUAGCGAGGAUCGGGUGGAACAACACUCCACUAUUCUCACCACCACUCAGACCUCCCGCGACACAACCCGUGGAACUUACACUCUGAUCGGCAGCCCUUCGAAGCCCUCUACCCGGGCCUCCGGCAUGGAGCCGGAAGUCAGAGAACGUUUGAUGAGAGAAGGAAGAUGCUUCUACUGCAAGGAAGCCGGACAUCUCAGCAAGGUUUGUCCAAAGAAGAUAUCACUCCAGCUCAAGGCCUUGGAGUAA